GGCUUAAGAGGAGGGGUGAGAAAAAGUCGUAUAAAAGGCGAGAGAAAAGGCGAAAGAAAUCAGUCGACUGAGGAUCUCCGUCACGGCAACAUCUGCAGUGCACUAUCUGCCACCAACUGCCUUCAUCGUCGUAUUAUCAGUUCUCAACCAUGAAUAAUUAUGGCGUCGUGCUGCUGUUGGGUGUUGUAUCGCUGAUGGCUGGGUCGACCACUGGUGUACCGAUGUCUCCUGGGUAUGGCGCAUACCAAACCGCAACGCCGCCGCCUUACUACACAACAACAACAUAUGCAACAACCGGUUAUUACACUGAGGCCCCAAAGUACUACACCACCAAGGCUCCAGAGUAUUACACCGCAACUUAUGCUGCCCCGAGCUACAUCACCAAAGAUCCUGAGUACUACACUGAGGCCCCCAAGUACUAUACCACCAAGUCACCGGAGUACUACACGUAUGCUGCCCCAUCCUACUACACCGAGGCUCCCAAGUAUUACUCAGCUCCUAGCUACUACACCGAGGUUCCAACUUAUUACACCACCAAAGCGGCUGAAUACUACACCGAGGCGACCAAGUACUACACCACCAAGGCUCCAGAGUAUUACACCACAACGUAUGCUGCCCUGAGCUACUACACCGAAGCUCCGAAGUAUUACUCUGCCCCGAGCUACAUCACCAAAGAGCCCGAGUACUACACCAAGGCUCCGGAGUACUACACGACUACGUAUGCUGCUCCAAGCUACUACACCGAGGCUCCUAAGUACUACACCACCAAGGCACCGGAGUACUACCCGACAACGUAUGCCCCAACUUACUACACCGAUGCUCCGAAGUACUACUCUGCACCCAGCUACUACACCGAGGCUCCAGUUUACUACUCUACAACCUACGCUCCAUCUAGCUACUACACCGAGGCUACCAAGUACUACAACGAAAAGGCCGAAUAUUACACAACCACGUACGCUACUCCAGUCUACUACACCGAGGAACCCAAGUAUUACUCUGCUCCAAGCUACUACCAAAGAGAGGCUCCUGUUUACUACACCGAGGCCCCCAAGUACUACACUACCAAGGCACCUGAGUAUUAUAGCACUACUUACGCUGCUCCGACCUACUACACCGAAGCUCCGAAGUAUUACUCUACCUCAAGUUACUACACCACUAAGGCACCUGAAUAUUACGCCACGACCUACGCUUCUCCAACUUAUUACAGGGAAGCUCCUAAAUACUAGAGCCGAUUUAAUUUUAUAAAUUAUCUUAAAAUAUCUUAGUAGUUACUAGUCAAUGGGAAUUAAUUGUUGAUAUUUAAUGAGAAAAUAAAUUUUUUUAAUGCGGGUAA